CCAAAAACAGAAAAAUCACUUCAUCAAGAAAAAAAACAAUCAUAUUGAUUAAUUUUGAACUCGUUAUUGUCGUUAAGUUAUCAACAAAAAUUGUACGAAUCUUGGAAGAUAAUUCAAAAACAUCAUUGAUACGUCAAUCAUCAUCAUCAUCAUCAUUUGAAACAAAAAGAUUGAUAAAAAUGAUGUCUAACAAAGGUAAUUGUAGCUGGUUAUCACCAAUAUCGUUGGCCAUUAUGUUUUUAAUCAUAAAUGUUUGGCAACAACAUCGUUUAUUGGUACAAACACAACCAUCAUUGAAAAUUAAUGAUAUUAAAUUAGAAGAUGAUUAUGUACAGGCAGCGGCUGCAGCUGCCGCUGCCGCUUCUGCUCAUCAUCAUCAUCGAAAUUUAUUUCGUUCAAAAUUUCCCGUUUACAAUGUCAGCGGUCUAUUAUCCGUUUAUUCAAUCGAAGGUAUCGAUGGCCAUUAUUGUAAUCGUACAUAUCGUAUGUAUUUGAAUCAAUUAUUUUUGGAUUCUUGUGUGGAAUCAAUGCGGUUAUUAUGUGGUGGUAAUAUCGUUGGACGUCGUAAACGCAAUAUAUCACCAUUUUUUCCUGAAUCAUCAUAUUUUCAUUCAAAACAAUCAUCAAUGUUGACACCGGAUACGGAUGAAUUAUCACUGACAAUGGAAACGAUGGAUAAUUCAGAUGAACAACAACAACAUGCUGAACAAAUAUUGGAUUUAAUUAGAAGAACAUCGGCUAUAUCUUCGUCUGCUUCAUCACCAUCAUCAAAUCCAUCAUUAGAAUUACCGAUCAUACGUAAACGUCGUAAUCAUCAUCAUCAUUUUAAUCAACAAUAUUCAAUCAUAGCUAUUGAAUCACAAAAUUUAAUGGAAAAUUGUUGUCAGGAUUCCGAAAAAUUGGAUUGCCGUGAAAAUGUAUUGCGUGAAAAAUUUCAAAAAAUUUGUGCACCAAAUCUAGUGACAACAGUUGAAGUUUUUCGUUCAUAGAUUGUGGAAUUUUUCAGGUAAAAAAAAAUUCUCAACUACGAUAAUGAACUGAAAAAAAAUUGAUUAAACACAUCAUCGUUGCUCCCGUUGUUCCCCCCAUUUAGAAUGAAACUAUUUCUCUUCGAAAUAAGAUUUCAUAUAAAAAAAAAUUCUUGCACAAAUUUUCUAAAUUCAUUU